AUGCCCCGACCGUCGAGGGACACUUACGGCGACCAGAAACCGCCCUAUUCCUACAUCUCGUUGACCGCAAUGGCGAUCUGGUCGUCCAGGGACAAGAUGCUGCCCCUAGCCGAGAUCUACAAGUUCAUCGCGGACCGGUUCCCCUAUUACCGCAAGGACACACGCAGAUGGCAGAACUCGUUGAGGCACAAUCUGUCUUUUAACGACUGUUUCAUCAAGGUACCAAGAGGGCCGCACCGGCCUGGCAAAGGCGCGUAUUGGGCGCUGCACCCGGCCGCGCUCUCGAUGUUCGAGAACGGCUCGUUGUUGCGGCGCCGGAAGCGGUUCAAGCUGCACAAGCCCGACAAGGAGCUGCUGAAGUCGGAGCUGCAGGCGUUGGCAUCGGCGAUGCCUCCGCCACACUCGGAGUCGUCGCCGGUCCUCUCGAUCAGCCCCGGCGUGCAGUCGAGCAGCCUGACCGUGGCGAACCUGCACCGGCUGCGGGACGACCUGCUGCGCUGGGAGCUGCAGGAGCGUCGGCUGACCAUGACCUCCGGCGGCAACGGUUCACCAGGCUUCCCGACACCGGACCCCGGCUCCGGUUACUACCUCCUCUCGCCGGAGGUCCGACAGAGACUCGCCGGGACCGACGAGAUCCUCCGCGGAUACGACGCGGCGAACCUCCUGCAGACCGGCAACUGGAGCUUCCCGGGGUUCCAGGUGUCCCCGUACGUCUCCCAGCUGUCCUACUUCCAGACAGAGUUACCGGAAGGCAGGCAGCUCUGCCCGGCAGCCGGCGAGCCCGGCAUCCACGAGAAGAACGAGUCGAGGCCGUUCCUCGACGUGCCCAGGAGCUCCAGCGCGGACGUCAAGAUGGCCGACGGCUGCGUACCCAUGGACGUCGCCGUGCCCGGCCAGACCGCCGUCCAGCCGGAGAAGAAGAAGAAGAAACCGUUCACCAUUGAGAACAUCAUCGCUCCCGACGACGAGCAGAUCAGUAGGAAUAUCGAGGACAAGAGGGGCCAUCUUCUUGCGCCGCGGCCGCUCUACGCGGGCGGAUUCCCGUUCGGCAUGGCGAAGGUGCCCUACGAGACUGCGACCUGA